AUUCGCCGAUUGCGUCGGCCAUGAACUUCCUUAUGGGUGGGAGGAAUGCUACGAUCCACAAAUUGGUGUUUACUACAUUGAUCACAUUAAUAAGCAAAACCAAAUUGAGGACCCCAGAUUAGCAUGGCGGCAAGUUCAGGAGGCUAUGCUCUCCGAGUAUCUGUGUUCAGCUCAGAACGACCUGAGUGCCAAACAGGACAUUAUGCAGGUCAAGGCUCAGCGCCUGGCAUUAGCGCAAGACGAGUAUCAUCAUCUCAACACUACUCUUACCAACCUUUUUAGCUCAAGAUCCUCAGUAAGACACAAUUCGAGUGGCAGUGGUGCUGGACGUUAUGAUACAGAUUUGCUCAAGGCAGACGUAGCUCUGGCCAGGAGUCGUGUUAGUCGUCUAAAAAGGGAACUUCAUCAGAUAAAGCAUGAGGUUGCAAACACUGAGGCUAGGCAUGCAGACAUUGGCACAAGUUCAAGAAAAGUUGAGUGGUUUAACCACACCUUACAGUAUAGAGCAGGCACAAGUUAUUGUUGCAGAGCUGAAAAACAUCGAAGAAUCUUUACGAGCGGGAGAAAAGGAGAAAGCUGAGCUUAUCAAAUCUUUGAAUGUGUUAAGAGAAGACAUUAUUGCAUCUGAAACUACCCAAGCUA